AUGCAGGCUCAGCCUACAUUCCCGCGGACGACCGGCGGAAUAAGGCGUCUGCUUGAUGAGGAUAAUGAUGACGAUGAUGAUGACGAUGAUGAUGAUGAUGACGAUGAUGAUGACGAUGACUAUGAUGAUGACGAUGAUGAUGACGAUGACGAUGAUGACUAUGAUGAUGACGAAGACGACAACGAUUAUGACGGCAACCGCAGUGAUAAUAAUGGCAAGGACCUCAGCAAAUGCGUGGAGGAGUAUAAGCGUGCCGUGCAGUGGUGCAUGGUGAAACCCUUGAAGGGCGAGUGCGAUAAGGAGACUUAUAAGGCGUACAAGGAGUGCAAGGGGAAGAACUGA